AUGCCACCGCUAUUGGAGAGCCAGAGCUACCGAAGUCCAGAAGGGUGCCAGGACACCGGCCGCGAUGUCAGCGACAGUGAUAGUCACGCUGAUGCCGGCGAUUGCGGUGGUGCUUGUAAUAGUGCUGACGACACUUCGGAUGAGGGUGAGGGCUCGGCGGCGUGGCUCGGCGACUUCAACACCGAGCUGGCUGCUAUCCCGGCCCGUGGCCAGGAGGCUCACCGCAGGAUCGAAAAUAGACUGGCUUCUGGAGUUCUUCGAGUUCCAGAGAAUUGGCAGGUGCGCGAGCGGCUUUUGUUUGAGGACGUCGACCGCGCCGGCUGGUUCAGUGCGGCCGGGAUCAGUGCAUUGGAGGCCAACACGCACCCAAAGCCCUGCCAAGCUGAUCCAAGCUGGCCACAGUCCGAGCCUUGGCUUCGGCGGUUUUCUCAUCUGCUGCCCUUCGAUGCUGCACUCCCAGUCUCAGAGGCCGCGGGCUUCAGCAGCAGGGUGCGCUCUCCUCCCGCCGCCGCAAAGACAGUCGGCGAAAAGCUUCAGUCAUCGCUUGUGUGCCUUGCUGCCGUGGCUGUUGCUCCGGUUCCUGGAUCCAGCGAGAUGUGGCUAGCGACCACCACCAUGAUGUGGUUGGAUAAAGACCAAGCAUGGCAACAUGUGGUGUACGAGCAUCCUCGAGACGUGAACACCGAUACCAUCUUGGAUCAGUUUCAGUGCCGAUCGAGCAAGGCCUUGCUCGGCUGGGAGAGAGUCGGCCUUCCAGUCUGA